AUGGAGAGGGACCACAACAACCAAGACUCCUCCUCCGACGAGCACCGCGGUGGUGGCAGCGACGAUGUCGAUGGCAACACCCCUCCCAAGACUCCUACCGGUGGCUUCGAGGACGUCGUAGUUUCUUCUUCCCCGCAGGAGACUUCUGGGAAGAAGAGAGGGCGAGCCGAGGAGCAAGCAGGAGGGUCGAGUAGUGGCGGCGGGAAGGGGAAGAAGAAGGGGGAACUGAUCGACCCGCCCUCCACCGACCCGAAAUGCGCCACGUGUGGCAAGAUUUUCGGCUCGUGGAAGGCGGUAUUCGGGCACCUACGGUCCCACCCGGAGCGGGACUACCGCGGGGCCUUCCCGCCGCCGAAAAUGUGGGAGGAGAUGCUUCGGCAGGAGGCAGUGCGGCGGCAGCAUGGUCAAGACCAAGGCAGCAGCACCACAGAGAUGGGGACAGGGACGUCUUCUCCGUCCGGCCGGGGGAUCGGAAUCGAUCUUAAUGACCCGGAAAAGCCCCACAGCCCGCCGGAUAAGGGCGGCUUCCCGUUUGAUCUCAACAUGCCGGCACCGGAGAGUGACGAGGAGGAUCACAAAUAA